GUUUGCUCUGCGUGGAAACUUUCAAUCAGUGUCAAAGCUUUAAGAGUAGUUUAAGGAAUGGAUAAAGUGCAGCGAUUAGGAUUUGUCGUGCUCGUCCUUUGUGGAUUACACUUGGCAAAUGCGGGUGUCACGCUUGAGCAAAUGGAGAAAGCCGGCGACUUGGUGAGAUCAAUUUGCCAGCCAAAGUUUAAGAUUCCCGAAGACGUCGCGAUGAACUUCCGCAAAGGAAUCUUCCCUGAGGACAAGAACUCCAAAUGCUACGUCAAUUGCAUCUUGGAGAACAUGCAGGCGAUGAAGAGGGGAAAGUUUCAGUACGAGGCAACAAUAAAACAAUCAGAAAUCAUGCUUCCGGACGACAUCAAAGGACCCACAGUUGCUGCCUUUAAGGCGUGCAAGAAUGCGCCCGACGGCAUUAAGGAUCCUUGCGAUGCUUCCUAUGCUCUACUGACGUGCUUGCAUAAGAACAACGAAGCCUUCUUCUUCCCGUGAAAUGGGGAAAAUGAAUGUUUCGUAGUAAUUUUGUAGUCAAUCUUGUGUCAUUGUAAGCUUGUUUGCAUU